AGAUUGAUAGGUUAUGGUUAGAGACUUAAAAAUGUUGCGGUUUAGAGUGGUGUUUACAGGACUUUUCUUAUUACUUAAUAAAGUGUGUUUUGGGAGUACAGCACAGUUCAAAAUAACUCCAUUUUAUGAAUCAUAUUACGGUUUUAAAUCAGAAUAUGUUGCACAAGCAGAGACCGCAGCAGAUAUCUUGUUCUAUCAAAUCAACGGAGGACUGAGGGUUGAGUGUAAUGCUACGUUAAAGCAAUCCGACCAGUCGGAGAAGAUUCUACCUGUUACUUGGGUCGAGAGAAAAAAGAACACGUUUGUGGCUGUCAGCAGUGACCCUAGCACGGGGAUCUACGAUCCAGGCAACAAGACCCUAAUCUUCUCCCCAGAGGCGUGCACACCGGAGCUGGCCGAGCGCGAGUUUGCGUGCAGGACCACCGAGAACGACCGGUACGAGUCCUUCUCAACUGCUCAAGCUAUGACCCUUUCUUAUAUCGACGAGUUUGCCUUUUCCACGAAUAAGACCCUGAUGAGACCUCUGGGAGACCAGAUGGUUAUCUCGUGUCCAAAACCCUCCGGAGCACCCGAACCUGUCGUGUACUUCACACACAACGGUACUAAAAUAGACUCCGAAAAAAACCCACGUUUUGUGAUCCUGUCUUCCGACGGACUUAGUGGGAAGAACCUGACAUUUGAAGACAGCGGCAGAUACUGGUGCACUGCCGCUAACAUUAACGGAGAGGUCAUCUCUCCUAUUACUACUGUCUCUGUUGAGUCCUCUCUGGCUAACUUAAGUUUCGUGGAAGAGCCCCGGAAUGUAUCAACUGUAACUGGAAGAACUGUCACACUUGUUUGCAAGUUUAACAGAAUCCCUGAAACCUACGGAUGGCAAUACAAAACAAAGACCAACAACAAAGGAGCAGUCGGCGAGAGGGUGAAGUUGGCAUCAGGAAAAUGGAUCCAAUUAGACUCUGGAGACCUGGUCAUCAAUGAUGUAGACAGAAAUGAUAGCGGGAUUUACACUUGCUUUGGGCGAGAUGAUAACAAUAACAUCUUCUCUCACUCUGAAGUUGCUGUUAACUAUUUCGAUACAAGUGAAGCGACUGGCCCGGACUCAACUCAAGCAGUGGUAGGAGACCCGGUGACUCUGUCAUGUUUAAUUCCUGAGAGCUAUCCUCCAGCUCAAGUUACCAUGUUCAAAGAUAGAUCAGGGGAUCAAUUGGAGAUGGUUGAGAACGCUACCGGAUACAAGCUGCGACUCGAUGACUCCAGAUUUGAACUGACGAUUGAAAACGCAACAUUUGAGGAUGAAGGAGAUUAUUUCUGCACCUCCAUCAACUUGGUUAAAGUAGACGACGUACACCCCUGGCCGCAGCCUUACAACAGCCCUAUGGGAGAGCUUACAGUCCGAGAGCGAGGAAUCAGGCCCAGCAGCUUCAUUGUGUCGAGCGCCAGGGUGUCCGGGGAUCUGGGAUCAACUGUAGUAGUAGAGGUCUCAACCAUAGCAGACCCGGCUCCCAAAGUCACGUGGCAGGAAUCUGUGCAGGGUGGAGACUUCAAGCCUAUAGACAACUCAUCGGGUAGAAUGGAGACAAAGCUAGUGCAGGUUGACGAGAGAUACAACUACUCUCUGACCAUACAUAACCUUAGUCUGUCAGAUAACCUGGCUAAAUACCAAUUGAAGCUGCGCAACAAACUGGGAACCGUCAACAGCCCUAAGUUUACUAUCCUGGUGAACCACUUGCUUUGCCAGACCAACAAGUUGCGGCAGGAGAAAACCUUCAACAUUCAGGAACCUGUCCAGAUAGCUUGUCCUCUCUCAGUGUCUGCUCAUCCUAGCACCGCUGUACGUUGGAUCUACAAUAGCUCAACCAGUUCACUGAUAGUGGUCGGGAACACCCUUAUCACUGACAGUCUUACCAAGGAAGAUCAGGGUGACUACAUUUGUGAGACGUUCAACAGUGCUGACACUUGUAGAUACAUCAUCAACCUGAAAACCAGAACCAUCGCCGGUGAAGGAAACAGAACACUGAUCCUGAUCGUAGCAGCACUAGGUUUCAUAGUACUCCUAGUCGUCCUGUUUGUAGCAAUCCUCCAGCUGAGGAAACGAGCCAAGAAGAAGAAGAUGGAGAGUAACGAGGCUCUGGAGCGUCUCAACCAGCCGGUCUUCUCUGCUAAUGUUAACGGUUACGAGGACGGUCCUAGAGACGGUCUGUCACACUCCCCUACUUCCAACAUGACUCAUAACCAGCUCUACAGCACCCUGUCAAAGUUUGGCAGCUGGCAGAUAGCCAAGUCUAGGCUGAGAAACUUCUCUCUCCUGGGCGAGGGACAGUUCGGAAGUGUGUACAAGGCUGAGCUCAAAACUCUGGACGGUUCCCCUUCAGAGUUCGUUGCUAUCAAACAGAUCAAGGAUGACCAGAGUGCUGACGCUAUCAGAGAGUACGAGAAGGAGAUGCUGAUGAUGACCCAACUCCAUCACCCUAACAUUGUUAAACUGGUGGGUCUGUGCACGGACUCCCCUCCUUACUACAUUCUCACUGAGUAUAUGGAGAAAGGAAACCUGGCUGAUUACCUCCAAGACAUGGCUCAGUGCAAGACUGGAGCUCUUACAUUAGAAGAUCAGAUCAAGAUAUGUGUUCAGAUCGCUUCAGGUUUGAACUACAUGGCAGAGAAGGAGUUCGUACAUAGAGAUGUUGCAGCGAGGAACUGUCUUGUUGCUGGUAACCUCCUAGUUAAGGUAGCUGACUUUGGUCUCAGCAGAUCGGUCCACGGCAGGGAAAUAUACCAGAAGGACGGUGGAACUGUACCCAUCAGAUGGAUGUCCCCAGAAGCCAUCCAGUACGGUCAGUACACCACAAAUAACGACGUGUGGGCCUUUGGAGUGACCAUGUGGGAGGUGUUCAGUUACGGAGUCAUCCCCUACUCAGCCUGGAACAACGAGGAUGUUGCUGCUAACGUUCAAGCUGGAGCGAGGCUGAUCAAGCCGGAAGUGUGUCCACAGACCUUAUACAACAUAAUGUUGCACUGCUGGAGCGAGUUACCUGACUACAGACCGUCCUUCCGACAGAUCAUUGACUCUCUAAACGCGCUGUAGAGUGUCCCCAUGGCGACCAUGCGUUACCAUGGCAACCACAAUCACACCUCCCGUGUGAAAUUUAGUUAAAUGAUAGCCAAGGGCAAGUUAUUUGUUUGUUACUCAGUACAACAACGCUGUGAGUGACACUCCAAGUUGGCUAACAGCAUUUAGGGGAACUGCUAGGCUGUUGCUGUGUUGAAAGUAAUGACUAUUUUCUGAGAGUUUGUUUCGAUCUUGUCGGAAAGUUUUGGAAACCGGACAGAAAGACAAUGUGUGAGGUGGUAAAUAUUCCGGUGUUUGAUGAUGACAUUUUGAUUAUAUCGUUUUAAGACUUUUCUCUCUCUUUUAUUUUAUAGAGAAUUUUCUUAAAAACUUCUUCUUUUAUAGAAAUUCUUUUAACGUUUGUAAAUAAUUUAUGUUAGAUAAUUUAUAUGAUGCUGCAUGGUUACAAUGUUUGAGCCAUUCACUUGUGCUACUUUUUUGCACACAUAAUCUGUUUCAAAGUCCACAUCUGAUCGAAAUAUUUACGAAUUUGAAGAUAAGACUUCGAGACGAUCACAUUUAAACUUCUUUUUAGACAUGAUUUUAAACCGACUUUAAUUCUUGACGACACGUGAAUUGAAUAUAAUGCCGAUUGACAUUGAUAAUAAUAAACCAUGAACCUGAAUUUGCAUACGGAUGCAGGCCCACACUGCACUAGAAACUUUCAGAUAGGAAAUAGGAAAACCAAUAGAGGUUUCUAGUCAGCUUUACUUUGGAUUCUUUGGGAACGAAGUGUAUAUACACUUACAGUAUAUACUACGAAUUGUAUGUGCUAUCUAACUAAUAUUUUGGAUAAACAGUAUAUUGAACUGGUUUUUGUUUUAAAUUGGUGAUUGCUCAUUUAAGAGUGAUAUGGCAUGGGACGUACUUCAAAAACAUGACCUUUUUAUUCUGAAAAAAUGUAAUUUUAAUAAAUCCAGAAAAUUUUUCAAAGUUUGUUUUCCAUGCCUAUUGUGUUGAUUUUAAUCUCUAUUUAAAUUAUCUUUCGUGGUGCAAUACUGGAUAAUGUGUGAGCAUGUCGAAAUAUCGGAAAAGUUCUGAUCUUUCUUCCAAAAUUCAAUUCUUAUCCAGUUCACCUGUGAGAAAUGAUUCGAAUAAAAUUUCAAAUGUUUAUCCUGUAUUUGUUUGAUUACAAAAUUUAAUCUAUUUAAGAGAAACUAUUUGUUUACUUCUUCUUUGGAGUUUAAAAUCAGAGUCCGACAAGCUAAAUCUUGCCCACUGAAGGAAGUUACAUUCAGGGCCAGGGUACAUUGAUUAUUUUUCUUUGUUGUUAUUUUGUUGAUUUACAGCAUAGAACGUUGAC